AUGGCGUCAUGGAAAUUUUUGCAACACUUCUUUGGCCGGAAACACCAACAAAAAUUCCCAGCGUGGCAGACGCGAAGAAUGGCUUCUGGCAAGCCAAACUGGAUGAAGCAAGUAGCUACCUCACGACAUUCUGGACUCCGUUUUUCAGGUACCGUUUGUUAAGAAUGCCAUUUAAGAUUGCCAUUGCCCCCGAAAAAUAAGACGACAACAUGAGACGCUUGAAGGUCUCCCUGGCAUCCACGUAAUCGCAAACGACAUCCUGAUCACAGGUCAAGGGGAGACACAAGAGGAAGCGCGUUGUGAUCAUGAUAAAAAUCUUGUAGCAUUGCUGCAGAGAGCAAGGGAAGUGAACUUAAAACUGAAUCCCAAGCAGCUGAAGCUUAUAUUAAACGAAGUUCCUUAUAUUGGCCACCUGCUUACCCCCGAUGGUGUAAAGCCUGAUCCUGGAAAGUGUGCGUGCGGUGAAAGACUUCUAGGCUUUGUCAAUUACCUCGCCAAAUUCGUGCCACAUCUCGUAGUCGAGAGUGAACAUCUAAGACGACUAAUCGACAAAGAUGCUGAAUGGAUCUGGGAAAAGCACCAUCAAGAUGCCUUCGAUCGUAUCAAGAAACUGGUUGCAAGCCAUCCAAUUCUAUGCUAUUAUGAUGUUAGCAAGCCAGUGUCAAUUCAGUGUGACAGCAGUGAGACUGGUCUUGGAGCUGCUCUUCUUCAAGAUGGACAACCUGUGGCAUUUGCGUCCAGGACAUUAACACCGACAGAGCGAGGUUACGCCCAGAUAGAAAAGGGGUGUUUAGCAAUAGUCUUUUCAUGUGAUAGAUUUAAUCAAUACAUAUAUGGAAGAGAGUCGGUAGAUGUACAGAGCGACCACAAGCCCCUAGAAGCGACUUUUGUGAAGCCCUUGACAGCUGCUCCAAAGCGUCGUCGGCAUGUUACUCCGUUUUCAGAAGUAUAAUCUUAAAGUUCGUCAUAAGAAAGGAAUUGAGAUGUUUAUUGCCGACACGCUUUCUAGGGCUCCUUUACCCGAAGUCCGGUCCAACCUGGAACUGCCUGAGACCGGAGAAAGAAGAUGUUUGCCUUGUGGAUGUGGAACAAAUAAAUGCGUCUGAAUUUAUAAGAGUAUUGGUUGACGGUCUGAGGAGUAUCCAGCGUGAAACAGAGGCGGAGCAAGGUUACAGCGCCUUAAAGAGAUAGUGUUGCGGGGAUGGCCUGAAACCAGACCGGAGUCAGAUCCGAGCGUUGCUGAGUAUUGGACGUUCCGUGAUGAAAUAAGUAUUGAGGUGUUGUACAAAGGAGAUAGGGUCAUCGUCCCCACUGUUCUCCCAAGAAGCUGCUAUCUCGUAUACAUACUAGUCAUCAAGGGGAGCAAGCGUGUCUUCGCCGUGCAAGAGGUGCCCUUUUUUGGCCCGACAUGAGCCAACAAGUUCAAAAUCUGGUGAGCAGCUGCAGUCUUUGUGCAGAAUUUGCGCCAGCACAAGCCAAAGAACCCCUGAUGACUCCAGAGCUUCCAAAGCCCCCAUGGAGUGUCAUUGCGCAGGAUCUUUACAGUCUAGGCGGAAAAGACUUUCUUAUAACAGUUGAUGCUUACAGUGGAUUCUGCGAAGUUGGUAAAAUACCUCAAACUACGGCAGCCGAUUGUAAGGAUAUCACGUGA